AUGUGGACAACCUUCAGUGCUUCCUCCACAUUUAGGGGCCGUGCGAGAAUUGUACAGGCACAAGAUGAGCAUGCGAUCGAAUCCAGUUGUAACUCUUCCAGUCAUAAUGUUAUGAUGGAUCGGUCCAAAGGGUAUAUGUAUGUGAACAAGAGAUCUAGAGAUGAUUCGAUCUCCAAGAUUGAGAAUUUUCUUCGUUUUUUCAUGCAAGGUAUACAAGACAUUCCCCUGACUGGAAAACCCCUCUCGGUGUCUAUGGGUGCACCGAGGUCCAAAGAUCAGUUGGCUAGAGUACAGUGGGAAUUUCCAUCUAAAAGAGAUAAAAACAUGAAGCAAUGGGCCCAGUUUUUUAGUGUGAUGGCCCAAGUUCAUGCUGCGCUCGUGUCUGACACUGUCUUGUCCAAGCGGGAUAUAUUUUAUCGAGAUCCUAUUUUAUUUGGGACACAAGCGAAGGCCGACUCAAUGCUUGCUAGAUUGGCAUUGACAUUACAAUGCUCGCGCUCGAGUCUGAACAUUUGUGCAUCACCACGAAGUAUUGCAUUGGGCCCUCUCGAUUUUAUCGGACGAAAUAGUAUAUCAAGAUGCUUGCACAAGGAACAGCUUAUACCGGAUGCUUUGGAUCCAGCGCAUAUCCGCACAAGCGCAUCGUGGGCGUUGGUUGUAGAGAAACACGCAAUAUUUCAAACCCUACAAUCAUGCAACUUCCUACACCAUGCAGCCACCUAUGGUAUAACUGGAGCUGGUCUUCUCAUCACAGGAAAAGGCUACCCUGAUUAUGCUGUUCGGUCGUUUUUAUGGCUACUCGGUACCUCAUUCAAUCUAAAAAUAUUCAUUCUCAUGGAUGCAGGUAAGUAUGGAAACGGAUCUCACCUGGACCCUCACGGACUUGAUAUUGCGAGAAUCUAUAUGGAUGCAUUGAUACCAUACAAGCAUGUCUAUUGGCUAGGAUUGCGCACAAAUUUGUGGAUGGAGAUCGGUCGACCUGGCACCUGGCAACUUUUAAAUCUAGCUGACCGUCAGAAGGCACUACAUCUUCUUCGAUCUAGAAAGAUGCAUCCCAUUCUUCGAGGAAUGAACUGGCUGCACAGCUACACGCAGGCUAUAAAUGCGAGCUGGAAGUACUAUGCCAAGAUAAAAGUGGCACGCCAGCGCAAGCUGCCAGUGGACAACUUUUGCAACUUAUUUACUCUCAAAUGA